CGGAACCCACCCGACUCGCCAGCACUAGACUCGUCUCGCCCCAACUCAGUUUCACAGUCUUGCUUUACUCCUUUCCGCUCAAAUCCCUCUGCUGCUGCUCCGGCCAAGCUCGACAUUGCCGGAGAUAUCAGGACUUACUCCGGCGAGCUCUGGUUCUAUUCUUUGAAGCACAAUCCCGAGCAUGGCGUCCCUUGUUGAGCUGAGGGACGAGACGGAAGGAGAGCAUGUAGAGACCUGCGAUUUCUUCUUCGACAGAGUCGGCGAACCGGUGCCGGUGAAACCGACGAAGGGCGGAGAUGACGAUUCGAAGCUGUACGAGCUGGAGAGCCUUCCCUCUCAGCCUCUGGCCGUCUCGGAGCAGUUCCAGCUCGUCUUCAUUGCCCACACCUCUGGAUUUUGUGUUGCGAGGACAGGGGAUGUGAUGGAGGCAGCCAAGGAGAUCAAGGACAAAGGGAGCGGUUCGUCCGUGAUGGAAUUGAGCCUUGUGGAUGUUUUGAUCGGGAAAGUCCGCAUAUUGUCGCUUUCUCCCGAUUCUUCGAUCCUUGCAGCUUCUGUUGGCAGGGAUGUUUACUUCUUCUCGGUCGCUUCUCUUCUUAACAAGGAGAAAGAACCUGUUUCCUCGUGCUCUGUUGAGGAAUCAAGUUUUCUAAAGGACAUGCGGUGGCUGGAGAAAAUGGAAAACUCUUUUAUUCUUCUCUCUAAUCAUGGGGAGUUGUAUCAUGGAAAUGUGGGCAGCUCUCCAAAUUGUGUUAUGGACAACAUUGAUGCAGUUGACGUCAAAGGCAAUUUCAUUGCUAUGGCAAGAGGGAACAAGCUAAGUAUUGUAUCUUCAGAAUUGAAGGAAAAGUUGUGCUUUUCAUUGUCUUCUAAUUCAUGGACUGAGGACUGUGAUGUGAAAGUGGAUUCACUCAAAUGGAUCCGACGUGAUUGUAUUAUUCUCGGAUGCUUUAAAUUAAACACUGAUGGCUUGGAGGAAAACUAUGUUGUGGAAGUGAUAAGGUGCAAAAGUGGUCGGAUUGAUCAUAUUGAGGAUGCUUCUCAAAUGGUGGUCCAUUCCUUCUAUGAUGUUUUUGCUGGAAUCACCGACGAUAUUUUGCCAAUUGGAAAUGGACCUUAUAUGUUCUUUGGCUAUCUGAAUCAAUGCCAGCUUGCAAUUGUAGCUAACCGGAAAAAUACAGAUGAGCAUAUUAGAUUGUUCAGCUGGGCACUUGGUGAGGAAGAAAAUGAAGCAGUGGUUGUUGACAUCGAUCGCGAUAAAUGGUUGCCAAGGAUUGAACUUCAAGAAAAUGGUGAUGACAAUUUGAUUGUGGGGCUUUGCGUCGACACAGUAUCCAUGCGAGACAAAGUCAAGGUUCAGUUGGGGGUUGAGGAAGAAAGAGAACUUUCACCAUAUUGUGUCCUUCUUUGUCUUACGUUGGAGGGAAAGCUGACUAUGUUCCAUGUUGUUAGUCUCUUGGAAAGGGCCGAUUCACCUGCAUCUGUAGCACAACUUUCUGACGAGGAAGAGGAUAUGCCUGCUGUUGUUUCUCAAGAGCACAGUCCCUCCAGCAUUUCUUUAGGAUUCACAGAGUCUACUUUGCAUAUUGGUCCAGACAUUAAAAAAGAUGACCAUAACAAGGAAGUCACUUCGGAAGUCCGUGAGGAAACUACCCUAGGGCCUCCUGAAAUCAGAAUAUCUCAACCAAGUACAGUUGUGGGUGCUCAAGCAGAGCAGAAUGUAGAGAUUUCUGGAACGGGAGAAGCAAAACUGUUCACACACGUGGAGCCAUCUAAGGCUGAGGGGCAAAUAAAGUUAAACAGUGUAAAGCAGUUCGGAGACACAAAUUUUCAAGCAAGUGUCACGGGCGACGUCCAGACUGGAUCGUUUGACCAAAUUUUGAAGUUCCCUUUCCAUGGAGAGUCAAGUAGCUUGAAGGAAGGUAUUAGUCAGGCAGAUGCUCAAAGAGUAGGUGUAGUAGUGCCUUCACCUGCUUCGUUUGCAGACAAAUCUUUAAAUGAUGGAGCAAGCCGAUUGAUACAAAAUGGUGUGGAGGCUGCGAAGGAAGUAAAUAGUAAAAUAGGGUCAGGUGGCUUCCAGAUAUCGCCAUCAGAGACCUGGGCAAGUGGGAAAGUCAUACCCUCAACUAAUUUUGGGUCUAGAUUCACAUUUUCAAAUGACUUUGUAGGCAACAGAUCCGAGAUCAAUGCUUUUAGUGUAACUACUGCAAAUGUUCCAGAAACCCUGAUAGGAAAACCUGUAUAUUUGAACGAAGCCACUGCCCCUUCUCCUCCUGUGAUUUCAUCUGGUGUUUCACAUCAAGUAGGACAGAGGGCUUCAAAAACAGUUGGGCCUAUUGAAUCCUUACCUUCUAUUCGCAGCUCGCAAUUAUCUUUUCUGGAACCUGCAUCUGGUUUUUCUUCAAGCAAUCAGUUUAUUCACUCCAAAGAAGACAAGAAAAGUGAACCUAGUAUGUCAAAGCAGUUUGGAAAUAUCAAGGAGAUGGUCAAGGAAUUAGAUAUGCUUUUAGACUUUAUAGAAGGAAAGGGUGGUUUCAAGGAUGCCUGUAUUGUAGCUCAGAAAAGUUCCGUGGAAGCACUAGAGAAGGGAAUUGAUACUCAAUCUGAUCAAUGCACUGUGUGGAAGGGUAUAAUGGAUGAACGACUUGAGGAGGUUCAGCAGCUUCUUGAUAAAACUGUUCAAGUUUUGGCAAGGGAAGCAUAUAUUGAAGGCGUCAUCAAACAAGCUACUGACGAUCGAUACUGGGAGCUUUGGAACCGCCAAAAGUUAAGCACAGAACUUGAGCUGAAGCGGCGGCACAUAAUGAAACUAAAUCAGGAUUUGACAAAUCAACUCAUUCUACUGGAAAGGCAUUUCAACACACUAGAACUCGAGAACUUUAGUGACAGUGUAGGAGGUCCCAGAGGUCGACAAGCUUACCAAACACGAUUUGGUCCCUCAAGAUCUGUUCAGUCCUUGCAUACUUUACACAACACAAUAAAUUCUCAAUUAGUAGCUGCUGAGCAACUUUCUGAUUGUCUCUCGAGCCAAAUGGAGAUUCUGAGUAUUGAUUCACCUCCAGUUAGACCAAAGAGUGUCAAAAAGGAGUUAUUUGACACUAUCGGUCUUCCCUAUGAUGACUCCUUCAGCUCUCCUGUGGGGACUAAAAUUAGCGAUACCCCAUCUGCUAAGAAAUUGAUCCUCUCUUCAAAUUCUGCUGCAAAUAAAGAUCAAUCCAGGAGAAAGCAGUUCAGUGCUCUUAAGCCUUCUGAACCAGAAACUGCUCGGAGGCGGAGAGACUCUUUGGGCCAGGGUUUGACUAGUUUUGAGCCUCCCAAGACAACAGUCAAAAGGAUCCAACUACAAGAAAGUUGGAAGGUCGGCACGGGCAAAUCCCCCUUGUUGAUGGAUGAGCAUCAUCCCAGCUCUUCUGAAAGAUCAACAACUGCUCGAAGGAAUCAAACUACCCCUUCUACUUUCUCAUUUCAAUUAGCAAACGAUGGUGCACAGGAGAGUUAUGAGACAAAGUUGUUUCAAAGCCCAUUUAUGCCGUUCAGCCCUGUUAACGAAUCCCUAGGAUCUGGACCAACUCCAACAUAUCAGAGAUCUAGUAUCUCGUCAUCCUCCAGAUCACCACUAAUUGAUGGACAAAGCAAAACCAGUAGCGGAAAUAAUCUUACUACCAUGAAACCAGUCAGUGGAGCUACUACCGAGAAGCCAUUUGCACUUACUAAGGAGACGAAGCCGUCGUUUCAACCACCAUUGGAGACCAUUCCCACUGAGAAGAAGCCUGGUGAGGUAUCUACUUCAACUGCUAAAGCGACUGAGCUCACAAAAUCACUUUUUGAAGUGGUUAAGCAAGGGCCGAAGAUGAAUGAGAGCUCGCCCCAUCUCACUGUGAAAAGUGAAGGCACUUUCUCCACCUCAUCGAUUGGGCAGACUGUACCUCAACCUUUUCCUGCUCCCUUCGAGAAGCAGUCUUCGUCAUCAACUGUACCUUCAGUCAAAACAGCCACAUCGUCUGAACUGUUACUGGGUGGAUCUGGGACUACUAGCAAGGCAACGACAGAGGUUAAUCAGUCGCCAUUUUCUAAAUUUUCUUUAUCUCCAUCACUAACCUCGGUAACUUCCUCUUUCUCUUCAUCCUCUCCAUCGUUCUCUACCUCCACCUCCUCCUUCACAUCCUCAUCCUUAUUCUCCCCAUCCUCCUCUUCCUCGUUGUCCUUUCCAGCUUCAAAACCUAUGACAACUUCAUCUUCUCUCACCUCUCCCAUGAAAUCAUUCCCGGAAUCUCGUAAACCUGAGGUAGAACCGGACCUCGGAAAGGUCACUCCUAAGCCAGAUGUAACUUCUUCUCCUGAGGCCCUGCCUCCUACCAAGGAGCCUUCAACUAGCGAACCUAGUCCCAAGUUGACACUCACGCAAGCAUCCACUUCAACUAGUGAAAUCUCGAGUGCUCUGCCUUCAGUGAAUGAGACCUCUGCUAACAGAACUUCAAGCCUUGUUUCUUCGACUAUGACCUUAACUACAAAGCAAGAGCAACCGUCUCCCACUCUUGAUCUGUUCCCCACUUUUGCACCGGCUACUGGGGGUGCCACAUCUCAGAAAGUUGAAACUCCAGAAGCCGCAGCUCCUGAGGAAGAUGAGAUGGAGGAGGAGGCACCUGAGGCUAACAGUAGUGCACCUAGUCUCAAUUUAGGAAGCCUUAAUGCAUUCGGGCUAGGAAGCAGCACUCUCUCCUCUGCUUCAAAGGGCAAUCCAUUCGGAUCAUCAUUUGGAAACAUGGGGACGGUUACUCCGACCUCUUCUCCAGUCACAUUAACAGUUCCCAGUGGGGAGCUCUUUCGUCCUGCAUCAUUCAGCUUGCAAUCUCCUCAGACUUCGCAGGCUCCACAACUGCAGAGUUCAAGUCCAAUCUCCGGAGGCUUUGGAGUUACAGCACCCACUUCGCAGGCUCCCCCAACUCAAGGUGGGUUUGGUCAGCCUGCACAGAUCGGGGCCGGGCAGCAAGCACUGGGAUCAGUUCUCGGUUCCUUUGGGCAAUCGAGGCAGAUAGGUCUGGGCCUUCCAGGGGCAGGUCUUGCCCCUUCUGGUGGUUUUGGCGGUGGAUUUGCUGCGGCUGGUUCCACUGGUGGUGGGUUUGCUGGUGCCGCCUCGGCAAGUGGGGGCUUCACCAAUGCUAGUGCAGGUGGCGGUGUAGCCUCCACGGGUGGCGGAUUUGGAGGGUUCGCAGCUGCAGCCUCAGCUGGUGGAGGAUUUUCUGGGGCUGCUUCUGGCGGUGGAUUUCCAGCAGCUGGAGGUGGAUUCGGGGCUUUCAGUGGCCAACAAGCAGCCGGGGGCUUCUCCGGCUUUGCUGGUAGUGGAGGAAACACGAAUAAGCCUCCUGAGCUCUUCACGCAGAUGAGAAAGUAGAAAUCAGAAGUGAUGAAUUCUGGGCCGGAGAUGCAUUUACAACCAUUUUUGCCUCACAAAGUGAUUAUCUUAAAAUGUCCGAAUUAACUUUGUUGCUCUCAAUGAUAACAUCUUUUUGGCCGUUGAUGUUUCUCGUAA